AUGGAAGCUUCCUCCAGCUCGCGCAAGCCCAUCGCGCGCUGGGAUAGCGCCGGAGACCGCCUCCUCAUCACGGAACUACUGCACCAUAUCCGCAAAGGCGAAAGGAUCAACAACAAAUUUUCACCCGAAGUCUGGGCCCAGAUCGCCGCCCAGGUCAACAAGCCGUCCAUUGGCACGGGCAUUCGGCCAUUGACUCUUGCUCAAGUCAAAAACCGCUACUUUGUUGUAUGUUCCCCUCCUCCCUUCCUCCCUUUUGGGCUGAUGACGUGGCGGGGUGCUGGUGUGCUGAUUUGCUCUUUAGAUGAAGAAGGGCUGGAAGGAUUUUACUGCUCUGUUGAAAAACGAUGGCUUUCAUUGGGAUCGGGAGAGGGGAAGGGUUGAUGCUGAGAAAGAGGUUUGGGCCAAGUAUAUUAGGGUUUGUGGAAUCCCCCCAGCUGUGCUUGUGAAGGGGGCUUCUGGGCUAAUAGGAGGGUGUUGUGAUGAUGUUGGCUGCCUCUAGGUUCAUCCGAAGGCUAGAGUUUUUAAGCAGAAGCCAUUGGAGAAUUAUGAGGAUUUGUGCGAAAUUUUCGGUGAUGCCGAGCAAACUACUAGUGUUAGGAGUUCCCGGCGCGGCAGGAGGGCAGGUGGGCAGGAAUAUGGAGAGGAUGAUGAUGAAGAAGAUGAGGGUGAAGAGGCAGAAGCAGAGGGGAAUGGAGAAAGGGGUUCUUCUGCGGAGAAAACUCUAACUAACACCCUCACUUAUCAAGAUUCUCCAACUCCCGGUAACAGUCCCGCCCAAGAAAAUGACAAGUAA